GGCCGCUGGGAUGAACACCGCCGCCCAUCAGCCAUGGCCGCAGACAGAGCAGCAGCUUGACGCCAUGGCGCAAAUGUCGAACGGGGAUCUGGAAGACUUUGCCAACCUCUUGGACUUCGGGGACAUGGACCUGAACACCCUUCAGAAUGGCAAUGCCACGCACUUGAUGGAGCAGAUGCACUGCAACACAAGACUUUGGCGGACACGAUCACUUUGGCGUGCAUCAGGGUAUGGAGCAUCAUCCGCAACAGUUCAUGUCUCUCCCUACCACCCAGGUGCCUACAAGCGUGCCUUUUGCGACGGAUGCAAUGUAUCAGGCGAGCAUGCGAUAUCAACAACAUCCCACAACACAUCCGUUCCAGUUCCAGCACCAGCAGGCUUUUCCAACCGACCACAUCCCGCCCACGCCCAACAGCUACAACAUGCAUGGAGAAGCUGGCCGCUUCAUGCAGCAGAACCAACAGCUAGAUGCACAGCAGCGUGCCAUGCUGGAGCAGCGCUACCAGAUCCGGAAGGACGACGCGAUUGCGUUCACGCCUAUGGUAUCGCCCGCAGGCACCCCGCAGUAUAACGUGCAGCCGGAAUUCACAAUCCCUGGCGCGUACUUCUCGCCUCUUACUUCGCCUAUGCUCCAUGCUCAAAACGCAGCCAAGGCGCACCAGCAGACCCAGCAACAUCUGCAAGGAUACUACACCAACCCAAGCACGGCACCUAGCUCUAAUGCAACCUCACCGACAGACCCAAACUUGGAUGUGGACAUGGGCGAUGCUGGUAUCGCGUUGCCGGAGUCGGCGACCGCUCAGUCCAGGAAGCCGAGAAGGAAGGUGGCAACCCCACGAAGCGCUGGUAUGAAUGGCAGAGUAACGCAGAGUCCGAUUCAGAAGCCGCAGAAACGCAAGUCUGGGACUAUGCUUUCCGCGCUUGUGCCUCCUAAAGAGAUGGAGAGUCUAAUUGUGGAGGCGCCGAAGUCGGCCAAGUUCCAGCCUGGAUCUGCGGGCUUGCACAUACCAGCGGCUUUCCAGGCCAGUUCGGACGAUGGCAGCAUCAGCCCUGAACCACUUAGCGAGGCGUUGAUGGGUCCGCCACCAAGACCAGGCUCCGCGAUGCAUCAUUCGCCAGUAGUAAUGGCACAGCAGCAGCAGCAGCAUCGGAUAAACGGUGCGGGAGUCGGAGCGGCCGCCACACCGAAGUCUCUGCUACAAAGGAACGGUGUCCAGCAACAGUUACACGAAGCACCCCAUCACGACCGGGGCGCGAGCGAACCUAUAGUGUUGGAUGAACUACAGCUGCCAGAAGCAGCUUCCCAGCAGGCUUCGCAACGGCCCGCGCUUUCGCAAAUCAACACACAAAUACCACCAGCGGGCUCAGCGCAGCCGACUCCACCUCGCCCGCCCUCGGCACUACCCAGCCCAGUUGUGGUUGCGUCGCCUGUCUCUGCCAGCACUCCGGGCGCUCUCCUAAAGGACAAGAAGUCCGCCUUCAAAGGCCCCGCGAAGAAGCGGUCCAGCGUAGGAGCCGGCGGCUCCGCUCUGACUUCACCAGCGCUACGUCCAAAGAUCAGUCCAAGCAUAAAGCCACUGCUCCCUGAAGGCUCGUCUCUAAACUCAAGUACCCACGCUCUUCUACUGGCCUCAAAGUCUAAUUAUCAGAAUCUGCUCGAGGGCAAUCAUCUACCUGGCGUUACAUACCCGGAUUCUCUUUCCACCGGUCUGACCUCAAAACGGACGUCGCACAAGGUUGCCGAACAAGGCCGGCGGAACCGCAUCAACGAAGCACUGAAGGAGAUGCAAUCUCUACUCCCACGCGAGUACCUAAUGGGCAAAGCGAAAGGCUGCGGUAAUGGUGACGAGAGCCCCGAGACCGGCCCAGGCGCGGACGGCGACAGUAAGGAGAGCAAGGAAGACGCCACGGCGAAGAGUAACAGCAGCAAGGCUGCCACCGUCGAGUCUGCUAAUGUGUACAUUCGAAACAUGCAGAAGAAGCAGCAGGAGGAGGCUGCGGAGAACUUGCGGUUGCGGAGGAUGCUGGAGGAGAUGGAGAGGAAGCUUGGGGAGCAGUGUGUUGUGGAGGAGUCGACGGAGAAGCGGGCGGAUGCUGUUGAUAGUGCCAGCCCGGCUUCUGCCGGGGUCAAGGUCGAGUGAGUCAGGGACGUGUCGGUUGCUGGAGCGAAACACGGCAUGUACCCAACCAAUCAGUGCGAUGAUACCCCUUCUCGCGACGCAGCACGCGAGGUACACUACGAUAACAGCAACAUAAUAUCGACGACGCAACGGACGAGUCCCGAAACGCAAGCCCGUUUGGAAGAGAAGACGGAUGCAAACGCGGUCAUGGACGCGACAACGGCAGAUCUCUCACGAGAGAGACUAAAGAGCGUAUUUCUUUCCUUUUCGGCACCUUACCACAGGCCAU